CAAUGCCAUUUAUUUCCACUGCCUGACUUUCACACUUUUCCAUCGUUCUUUCUCUUUUCUGAUCAGCCUUACAAGUUUAAUAUGGAGAAAUGGUAUGGGAUAGUGUUCUGGUUCGUGUCGGUUUCGAGUUUGUUGUUCGAGGUCAAGGCAGAACCUCAGGUUCCUUGUUACUUUAUUUUUGGGGAUUCAUUGGUGGACAAUGGGAACAACAAUCAACUUAAUUCGUUGGCCAGGGCUGAUUACUUGCCUUAUGGGAUUGACUUCAACAAUGGACCGACCGGCAGGUUUUGUAAUGGGAAAACCACGGUGGAUGUCAUAGCUGAACUUUUGGGCUUUGAAGAUUACGUCCCUCCAUACUCAACUGCAAGUGGUAGACAGAUACUGGGAGGAGUUAACUACGCAUCCGCGGCUGCCGGAAUCCGAGAAGAAACCGGACAGCAACUGGGUGCUCGGAUCAGUUUCAGUGGCCAAGUUAAAAAUUACCAGCAAACAGUUUCACAAGUGGUGAACGUGCUUGGAGAUGAAGACACAGCAGCAGAUUACUUGAGCAAGUGUAUUUACUCCAUUGGAUUGGGCAGCAACGAUUACCUCAACAACUAUUUCAUGCCACUUUACUACUCGACCAGCAGACAAUAUAGCCCCGAGGAAUAUGCCGAUACUCUUAUUAAAGAGUACACCGAGCAGCUUCAGGCUUUGUACGACUAUGGAGCGAGGAAGUUCGUGUUGAUCGGAUUGGGUCAGAUCGGAUGCAGUCCGAACGAAUUGGCUCAAAACAGUGGAGAUGGUCGAACUUGUGUGGAGAGAAUCAACGCUGCCAACCGGAUUUUCAAUAACAAGCUUAGGGGUCUCGUUGAUCAAUUCAACAACUCCAAUUCUGAUGCUAAAUUCAUCUACAUUAAUGCUUAUGGAAUUUUCCAAGACAUCACAAGCAACCCCGCAGCUUAUGGUUUUAGGGUAACAAAUGCGGGGUGUUGUGGAGUGGGGAGGAACAACGGGCAGAUUACAUGCUUGCCUUUCCAAACUCCAUGCGAGAAUAGGGAUGAGUACAUGUUUUGGGAUGCUUUUCAUCCGAGCGAGGCAGCCAAUGUGAUCAUCGGAAGGCGAUCGUAUAGUGCUCAGUCUCCCACUGAUGCGUACCCCAUAGAUAUCCGCCGUCUUGCGCAGCUCUGAAGGCGAAGGUCGACGAGGUUUCUGAUGGCCGGUUUUUAUUGAUAACUAAUUAAAUCAUCCGUGUAUUUCGUUACGUUUUUGUUGUUGUUCUGAACCAUGAAAAUCAUUGUUCUAUGGUAAGUGGCAAUAUGUUGUUUUCUCUUA